UCCUGGCUGGCGGAGGGCUCCCCUGUUGCUGAGCUGCCUGUUGUGCUCCGGGCAGCUCUGUGGGAGGCCGUGCAGCCCCAGCAGCUGGUGUUUUUGCCCAAAUAGGGUCAGGCUGCCUUUGAACUUCUGCUAUCAGGUAACACGCAACACCAGGGAAGAGAAGUACAGUCGCCAGAUGGUCUGGGUGUCUCACACGCGUCGUUUUGUGAUGUGAGCUCAGGGACAGAAGCCACCUCUGCCCCCUGCUGUCACCUGCACCCAGGGCACCCCAGAGUGUGUGUGAGCCUGCCCUGCCCUGUAUUCCUUUUCCUGCCAUUCACUUCCGGGGAAAUGAUGGCCUGGUGAACUUUGACCUCUGGUCUGGAACCACUCGUGAGCACCACACCAUCUCACCUGAGGCCCUGACAUGCCCCGAUGUCUGACCAUGUCAGGGAGCCCGUCCAGAAGGAGAUGUGGGUGCCAGUGGACGGCUCGGCUGCAGGAAGCCUGGGUCCCUGGGUACCAGGCCAAAGGGGCGCAGCCCCACCCUGCAGGACGGGAGGGCAGGACUGGCAGAAACCAGGAGAGCUGCCAGCGGGCAGGCUGCGUCCAGCCGCUGUGCAGGGCACUGAAACACAGUGGCCUGCUCCUGGGCCGCCCACCGGGCAGGCAGCCUCACAUGCACCCUCUCCACAGCGCAGGGUCUCUGCCCAGAGUGAAGCGGCUGCCCCUGGGUGCGCCCUGCGCCAGGCUCCCCAGCAAGGCCUCAGGGCCUGGGGGCAGGGCUGCCCAGGGGCCGCUGGGGCUUUCUGUUCCCAGGAAGCUGGAGGGAUGCCCCGCCAAGAGACCCCCUACACACACACACACACACACACACAGCCCAACUCCACCAUCCCAGCAGGCCCCCGGCAGCCCUGGCCUGUCCCUCACCCUCCUGGGGGACGCAGUGUUGCAGGGUGGCCCGUGUUAGCCCGACCACCUGCCCCUGGUUAAUUCUGCUCACAUUUAGCAAACUUCCCUGUGCUGAGCACUGGCUAUAGUACCCGACCGGAGCCUCAGGGGACUAGCGGGAGACCUGGGAGGCGGUGGGGGCCCCGCCCCUCCCAGUACCCGAGGCGCUGAUUGGCCGCGGCCCAGGGGCUGGUCGCCGUGGGUGGGGCGCGCGGGAAGGAACCUGACUUGAGCGCAAGACGAAUCUCAGUGCAGGCGCAGCUGUGGCGGUACCUGCUCUCACCGCCCUUCCCGGACUCCGGAUCCCUGAGCCCCCGAAGGCCGGCGCGCACCCCACGCCCUCCAGACCCCCGCCAUGCGCGGCCUCGGGCUCCUGCUGUUCGCUGCGCUGGGGCUGCAGGAGGUCGCCCCCGGGGCUGCCCUGCCCCACAUGGAGCAGUACGAGGUGGUGAGGCCCCGGCGCCUGCCUGCACCCCGCGCUCGGCGGGCUCUGCCCUCCCACCUGGGCCUGUACCCAGAGAGUGUGAGCUAUGUCCUGGGGGCCCGAGGGCACACCUUCACCCUGCACCUUCGGAAGAACAGGGACCUGGUGGGCUCGGGCUACGCGGAGACCUACACAGCCGCCAACGGCUCCCAGGUGACAGAGCAGCUGCGGAGACAGGACCACUGCUUCUACCAGGGCCACGUGGAGGGGCACCCGCACUCGGCCGCCAGCCUCAGCACCUGUGCCGGCCUCAGGGGCUUCUUCCAGGCGGGCCCUGCCGUCCGCCUGAUCGAGCCCCUGGCCGGGACCGGGGAGGAAGGGCCGCACGCCCUGUACCUGGCACAGCACCUGCAGCAGGAGGCUGGCACCUGCGGCGUCAAUGACAGCAGCCUGGAGAGCAUCCUGGGGCCGCGGGUGUCUGCAGCCCUCAGACCCCGGUGGUCAGAACCCAGAGAGACCCGCUACGUGGAGCUAUUCGUGGUCACGGACAGCAAGGAGUUCCAGCGGUUUGGGAGCAGAGAGGCCGUACGUCAGCGGGUGCUGGAGGUGGUCAACCACGUGGACAAGCUCUAUCAAGAGCUCAAUUUCCGCGUGGUGCUCGUGGGCCUGGAGAUGUGGAAUGGUGGGGACAAGAUUCAGGUCAGCUCCCAGCCCGAGGCCACACUGGACAACUUCCUGGCCUGGCGGACUCGAGAGCUGGUGGGCCGGCAGGCGCACGACAACGUGCAGCUCAUCACCGGGGUCGACUUCACCGGGACCACCGUGGGACUGGCCAAGGUGUCCAGCAUGUGCUCCCAGAGCUCAGGGGCUGUAAACCAGGACCACAGCCAGAAUCCCAUCGGUGUGGCGAGCACCAUGGCCCACGAGAUGGGCCACAACCUGGGCAUGGACCAUGACGAGAACGUCGCCGGCUGCUACUGCCCCGUGCCGCGGGACGGCGGCGGCUGCGUGAUGGCGGCCAGCAUCGGCUCCCAGUACCCCAGGAAGUUCAGUCAGUGCAGCCGGGCCGACCUGGAGACGUUCGUGGAGAAGCCCCGCACGGCCUGCCUGGUGGACGCCCCGGACCUUGACCGGCUGGUGGGCGGCCCUGUGUGCGGAAAUGGGUUCCUGGAGCGCGGGGAGCAGUGUGACUGUGGCCAGCCCGAGGACUGUCAGAACCCCUGCUGCAAUGCCAGCGCCUGCCUGCUGGCCGAGGGGGCCGAGUGCGCCCACGGCACCUGCUGCCACGAGUGCAGGGUGAAGCCGGCCGGAGAGCCGUGCCGCCCCGCGAAGGACCAGUGUGACCUUGGCGAGCACUGUGACGGCCAGCAGCCCACGUGCCCUGAGGACACCUUCCGGGAGAACGGCACGCCCUGCCCAGGGGGCUACUGUUACAACGGGGCCUGCCCGACACUGGCCCGGCGCUGCCAGCACUUGUGGGGGCCAGGCUCGCGGGUGGCGGUGGAGACCUGCUUCCUCUACAGCAUCUCCAAAGGCUGCAGGGCUGGGGUCCCCCUGCCAUCCAGCAGGGUCGAUAAGUGCGGCACUCUCUUCUGUGAGGGGGGGCAGAAGACCCCGGAACACGGAUACUGCACACUCACCAUCUCCUCAGGCGUUUGCCAGGCUGUCGUCCAGGACGGCAGCACCGCGUACGAGCCGGUGCCCAAGGGCACCAAGUGCGGGGAGGAGCAGGUUUGCUGGGACGGCUUCUGCCGGGACCUCCAUGUGUACAGAUCCAGGAACUGCUCCGCCCGGUGCAACAGCCACGGGGAGUGCAACCACAAGGGCCAAUGCCACUGCCGCCCGGGCUGGGCCCCGCCGCACUGUGCAGAGCCGCUGGCCAACACGCGCGCAGCCCCUGGGAGCCUCCGAACGCGUGUGCUGGUGGGCGUGGGUGCCCUGGUGGUGCUGGCGCUGAUCCCGGCGGGCGUGCUCAUCUACCGCAAGGCCCGGAGCCCGGUCCGAAGGAGGAAUGUGGCACCCAAGACGGCCAUGGGGCUCUCCAACCCUCUGUUCCACGAAGGGCUCAGCAAGCCUGCAAAAGGCGGGGCUCAGGCUCCCCCCGGGGGCUCCCCAGAGCCGACCCCUUACUCCCAGCCCCCCAAGCCCACAGCUUCCUCGGUGACCCCUAAGCGCCCACCCCCUGCUGUAAGCGCCAGCCAUCCCGACAGACUCCAGGCCACCCCCAGAUCUCAGCCUCCAGGCUCCCUUCAGCCUCCAGCCACCAAGGCCAGCCCGCCGUCCCCGCUUCCUGUGUACCCCCCGCAGGCCCUGGGCCAGCAGCUCAGACCCACUCCUCCUGCCAAACCCCUUCCGGUGCUGAAGCCAAAGCAGGUCAUCAAGCCGACCUGUGCUCCCCCGAUGCCACCCGUCAAGCCUGGAGCGAGAGGGGCCCAGCCUGGACCCACUCAGGGAGCUGCCGACCCGAAGGUUGCUCUGAAAUCCCCUGUCCAGAGGAGGUGAUGGGGCCCAAGCUCAAAGCACUCUCAGGGGCAUCUGUGCACCUGUCUGGAUGUUGCCUGUGGUCUUGUGACCUCGCCAGCAGCAGCAGCAGCAGAUGCAGCCGCCUGGCCCCAGGCCCUCCACCCCCUCAGGGCCUGAGUCCUCUCUGAACUGUCCCUAAGGGAAGAGCCAGCUUCUAAGGGCCAAGAUCACUCUUCGGUGUCUCAAGGUCACAGCCUAGGGCCUCUGGACCCGGGACUCCCUGGCUGGGCCCAGGACUCCCAGCUGGGCCAUCGUCUGCUGUCCUGACCUGGGGAAGGAGGUUGGGGGAGGCCAGCCCCUCCUCAACCACGUGUGUUUUCAGACGGCCACUGGUAUCUUAUCUGGGUCCCUGAAAACCUCAGGUGCACCUUCAGCAGGGCUCAAAAGUUUAAUAAAAAGUUUCUAUUUUACGAUUAAA